AUGUCGCUUCAGAUGGUAACAGUUAGUAAUAAUAUCGCCUUAAUUCAACCAGGCUUCUCACUGAUGCAUUUUGAUGGACAAGUGUUCUUCUUUGGCCAGAAAGGUUGGCCUAAGAGAUCCUGCCCCACUGGAGUUUUCCAUUUUGAUAUGAAGCACAACCAUCUCAAACUGAAGCCUGCACUUUUCUCCAAGGAUUCCUGCUAUCUCCCUCCUCUCCGAUACCCAGCCACUUGCAUGUUCAAAGGCAGCUUUGAAUCUGAAAAGCACCAAUACAUCAUCCAUGGAGGGAAAACGCCCAACAAUGAGCUUUCUGAUAAGAUUUAUAUCAUGUCUGUUGUGUGCAAGAACAACAAAAAAGUUACUUUUUGCUGCACGGAGAAAGAUUUGGUAGGAGAGGUUCCUGAAGCCAGAUAUGGCCAUUCCAUUAACGUGGUGUACAGCAGAGGGAAAAGUAUGGGUGUCCUCUUCGGAGGCCGUUCCUACACACCUCCAACCCAAAGAACCACCGAAAAGUGGAAUCGUGUCAUUGACUGCCUGCCACAUGUUUUCUUGGUGGAUUUUGAAUUUGGAUGUUCUACAUCCUACACUCUUCCAGAACUUCGCGACGGGCUAUCGUUUCAUGUCUCCAUUGCCAGAAAUGACACCAUUUAUAUUUUAGGUGGCCAUUCACUUGCCAACAACAUCCGCCCCGCCAACCUGUACAGAAUAAGGGUUGAUCUCCCCCUGGGGAGUCCGGAUGUCAGUUGCACCAUCUUGUCAGGAGGAAUCUCUGUUUCCAGUGCAAUCCUGACUCAAACUAGCAGUGAUGAAUUUGUUAUUGUGGGUGGCUAUCAGCUUGAAAAUCAGAAAAGAAUGGCCUGUAAUGUUGUCUCUUUAGAGAACAACAAGAUAGAAAUUCGUGAGAUGGAGACCCCAGAUUGGACCCCAGAUAUUAAGCAUAGCAAGCUAUGGUUUGGAGGCAGCAUGGGAAAUGGAACCGUUUUCCUUGGGAUACCAGGAGAUAAUAAGCAGACUGUUUCCGAAGCAUUCUAUUUCUAUACGCUGAAGUGUACUGAAGACGAAGUGAACGAAGAUCCGAAAACACUCACCAACAGUCAGACGUCAACAGAAGACCCCGGGGACUCUACUCCCUUUGAAGACUCAGAAGAAUUUUGUUUCAGUGCAGAAGCAUACAGUUUUGAUGGUGAUGAUGAAUUUGACACCUAUAAUGAAGAUGACGAAGAAGAUGAAUCUGAGACGGGCUACUGGAUUACAUGCUGCCGGACCUGUGAUGUAGAUGUCAACACUUGGGUACCAUUCUAUUCAACAGAGCUCAACAAACCUGCCAUGAUCUACUGUUCUCAUGGAGAUGGGCACUGGGUGCAUGCCCAGUGCAUGGAUCUCGCAGAGCACACGCUCAUCCAGCUGUCAGAAGGAAGCAACAAAUACUACUGCAAUGAGCACGUGGCAAUAGCAAAAGCACUGCAAACCCCCAAAGGAGCCGUGCCCUUAAAGAAGCCCUCCAUGAAGCCUCUCCGCAAAAAAGGGCCUGGGAAGAUCUUGACUCCUGCUAAGAAAUCUUUUCUCAGAAGGCUGUUUGACUAG